AUAUUAUGUUUUUAGCAAAUUUCAUUUUUGUUCUCAUUUUUAUAUAUGUCAAUUUAAUAAAUUUCAAUUUCACGAAAACGUAGUCACAAACAUCCGGCAUACUAACGAAUGCAACCCUGGCACAUUGCUUAAUUUGUCGCACAUAUGUACAUAUGGUAUAUGCAUAUAUAGUUCACUCGGGAAAAAUUCUAGUUGCAUUGCCUGCACCAAACAGCGCAGCGCUACGUCAAUGCACUCAAAUAUCUUUCCACUCAAAGUAAAGGCACUACACUCACUGCAACAAGCCGCAAACCGCUCAAGUAGCCAGGCCAACUCAAAUAUGCGCUCUUCUACCUCCCUCAUUGACAACAGCUGAGAGUUUGCGUGUGCAGUACCACUGCAUGCCAGCCACGGCCAACCGCCUGGCGACGCUGCGCGUGUUAAAAAGAGCCAACACUAUAAAGGGUGCGCUCAAUGGGCAAACGAAGAGCCAUGUAAAAUGGAAUAGUGAAAAAUCGAAUGACGGCCACGAACGCAACGACGACGAUGACAGCGAAAACUGCCAAACAACGGUGCUGUUCCAACUAGCAAAUUCACUCAUAAAAAUUUAAUUGUGGUGUUCAAAUCGUUAGCAACGCGCAGCGGAUAAUUUCAAAGCGAAUUUCUUGAAAGAGUAAUUUAUUCUUGAAUUAUAAUACAAUACUUAAUAACAUACUAAAAUUGUAUUGCUAACUGUGCAAACGGUAAUUAACCAAAACAGAAGUGCAAGUGCAAAGGAAAGAAGCAACGCGUCUACUAAGCGGCAGAAAAGGUUUGUGAAAAAUUCGAUUGUGAACAAGUAGCGGCCUACAAAGCGAAAAGUUAAAUACUUACAAGUUUUACAAAGCAAAAUUAGUGAAAGCAAAUAGCAAAAGGCAUUUGCAACAACAUACUAUAUUCAAUUUAAAAAAAUAUAUAACGGGUUUACUAUUAAUAUUUACAAUUUUGCGGUAAAAUUGUUUGUGCAGCACGCCAAGUUAAUGUCUGCUGAUUUUUUGUGCUGUCGGCGGCAAUACAAUUCAGAAAGUGACUAAAAACAACAAAAUAAAAAUUGAAAGUUUAUAUAUUUUAUGUGUGUUUUGCUGUAAUAACGCUAGACAUCCAAAGCAAUAAAGAAUUUUUAGUGCGCGCACAAAAUUAUUGUGUAAAGAUUUGUUAAAAAUUGCAAGUGCAGUGCAUUAUUGCACGAAAAAAAUUACUAUAGUAAAAAGAAGUGUAAAGUUCUGAAAAAUUAAUAUCUAAACGCUCCUUGACAACAGCUAAAAGGAUAUUUGUGCUUGUUUGUGUGUGUGUCGAAUAAACCUUUUUGAAUUUAGCUGGAUUCUAAUUGAGAUUUGUGUGCAUUUGAUUUUUCACGUCUGACGCCGUAUGAGGAAUACACAUAAAGCAAAAUUAAUAAAGCAGUAUAACAGCGAACAGAAAACUCAACGAAAGGAGUUGUAAACGCAGCAUAAAAAAGAAAACAAAAGCUUUCGAUUCAUCCAUUUGAAUGGCAAUUUAUGCGACUUGCAAAAUACUCAUUGGACGUUGAGAAAUAUUUUUGAUUUUAGAAGCAUUUCUCGCGGCGUUCCUCACGGUCAUACGCUCGCAGCACUCGAAGUCAUCGUCGUCGCCUGCUCUGUGUGCCUUUGUGCGUUUGUGUAAAUUGACGCGCGCUCAACCGCACACAAAACUCAAUACAAACACAAACAACACAGCGUUGUUUUCCUAACACAUUUAUUCCGACUGCAAGCGGAGUCAGUCGGUAGUCGUGGUUGUAGUAGGAGACUACAGCAGGAAUCGCACUGAGCAAUAAAAUUGUGGCUUCAGCAUGCAAUAACACACCACAACAACAACAACAACAGCAAGUUCAAAUUAACAAAAGAAAAAAGCGAAACUGAGCUUCUACGCUUAAUGAUUAACUGAUAACGCCCGCAAGCCGGCAAAGUGUAGCAAAACGCUUUUUAUUGUACUUUUGUUUCUUUUUUUCUUAAUGUUGCGCCCCUCCAAGUUCAAUCAACCACAAGCGAGCGAACGGGCGAGCGCGCUGCCAACCGACUAAUCAAUUGACCAUUAAAUAAAUAGAAAAGUAAAAUAAAAGCAAUAAAAAAUAUACAACAACAAACAAAAGUGUAGUGAAAAGCAACAACAACACACAAAAGCGUAGUGAAAAGCAACAACAACAGCUAUAACAAUAACAAUAAAGCAAAUAAAAAGCGUACGAAGUGAUUAAUAAUGUGCAUUUUUUAAGUUAAUAAUUAUCAAGCAAUUUAAAGUGGAAGUAUUCAGAAUAAAAUCACAGCAAGUACAUUAAAAGUUUACUAAAAGCUAAAGUGAAGUGCAGAAAAUACAGAAAAAAAAGGAAAUAAGCAAAAAAAAAUAAAAUUAAACAACAACAAGAAAGUUGUAAAAAGUAAGAAAUCAGCGUAAGUAACUAACUAACUUAAAAACGGAAAUCUCAAUAAUAAAAAAAUCACAUACACACACACACCGCUCUCUCACACAACCGCUAAAGAAAAGCUAGUAGUAUCUACAUAUGUGUGUGUGAGUGUAGCAGUGAAAUUCGCUAGUGUGUUUGCAGCGAGCGAAAUUGAGUGAAGAAACAUAAAAAACCAUAGUAAAUCAUAGCAAAAUUACAACCGCAAAUACCGCAGCAAGCAGGUAACCAACAAUAACAACAACUACAAAAAUAACAGCAACUACAAAAAUAACAACAAAUAUGGAAGACAAUAACACAAGUACGCCAAUGAAAACCGACGAAUCAGUCACAUUAACAAUAAGGCUGAUAAUGCAAGGCAAGGAGGUCGGCAGCAUUAUUGGCAAAAAGGGCGAGAUUGUGAACAGAUUUCGUGAGGAGUCUGGCGCAAAGAUCAACAUCUCGGAUGGUUCAUGCCCGGAGCGCAUUGUCACUGUGUCGGGCACGACCAGCGCGAUCUUCUCGGCGUUCACGCUCAUCACAAAGAAGUUUGAAGAGUGGUGCUCACAGUUCAGUGAUGUUGGCAAGGUUGGCAAAACUCAAAUACCAAUACGUUUAAUUGUGCCCGCCAGUCAAUGUGGAUCGUUAAUUGGCAAAAGUGGCUCAAAAAUCAAGGAGAUACGUCAAUCCACUGGCUGUUCGAUUCAGGUUGCCAGCGAAAUGUUGCCAAAUUCAACAGAGCGUGCCGUCACUUUGAGCGGCACUGCCGAGCAAAUAACCCAAUGCAUCUAUCAGAUUUGUCUCGUUAUGCUGGAGUCACCACCAAGGGGCGCCACCAUACCGUAUCGGCCAAAACCGCAAGUAUCUGGACCAGUCAUUUUGGCAAACGGACAAGCCUAUACCAUACAAGGCAACUAUGCUGUACCCGCACAAGAGACAUGUCCCGUAUUUCCGCUGGCCUUGGCCGCCGGUGGCCUACACGCUGGUAUCUCAGGUUUGACGGAUCCUCUCUUGAAAGGGGCACAUUUGCAAGGAGCGGUGCCGGCCCACCAUCAUCUACAGCAUAUACCCGAUGUGGCAAAGAAUCCAUUGGCUAGCUUGGCAGCGUUGGGUUUGGCUGGCAUAACACCCACCAAUACCGGUGGACUGAAUCCCACAGCAGCUUUGGCCGCCUUAGCUGGCUCACAGCUACGUACAGCCAAUACAAGUCGUACACAACAACAACAGCAUGAGAUGACCGUAUCUAAUGACUUGAUCGGCUGCAUUAUCGGCAAGGGUGGCACGAAAAUUGCCGAAAUACGCCAAAUUUCCGGUGCAAUGAUACGCAUUUCGAAUUGUGAGGAACGCGAGGGUGGCAAUACCGAUCGUACAAUCACGAUUAGCGGCAAUCCAGAUUCGGUGGCAUUGGCUCAAUACUUAAUCAACAUGAGAAUAUCAAUGGAAACAGCUGGUCUGCCCAUACCCGGUUAUCAUUAUAUUGCACCGAAUGCAAUUGUCAAAACGCCAAUACAUUAAAUCGCCAAAAAAUUUAAAAAGCAAAAUAAUAAUAACAAAAACACAACAACAACGUGCGAAGAACAUAAAAAUGCGAUUGCGUGCUCAAACAACUCCAACAAAGCAAAGAAAAACGCAUGUGAGGUGAAUAUACGUGUUGGAAUUGAAGUGAAAAGAGAGAGCAUGAGAGUUGAAAAGUCAUUUGUCAACAAAGAGGAGCUGUGCAAAGUAGACAAAAGGCAAAAAGGAAAUAAAUUGCAAGAAGAGAAAUAAAUUACAAGAAAUGAGGCCGCCGCGCAGUUUAAUUUUAAUAAAUAAAUAAAUAAAAUAUUAAUGAAAAACAACAACAAACGCGGUAACAGCAAAAAUGGCAACCAAUAAGCAAUAAAUAAUAAGUAUAAAAAUAAAAAUAUUAAAAACAAGUUUAGUUAAAGGGAGAUUGCAAGAAAAAACAAAACGAAAACAAAAAUAAAAGUAAAUGAAAAAAUAAUUAAAAUAAAUAUUUAAUUUAAAAUUUUGUAUGUAUUAAAUAUUUCUGGUUUCACACACACACACACAUGACGUAGUUGAAUGUGCAAAUGUAAAGUUUUAAAUGCAAAAAUGACGUAUACAAAAACAAAAACAAAAACAAUAUAAUUGUUAAUUCUUUUUUUAUGUUAUAUACAAAAGCAAUGUAAUUUUGUGCUGUUUUUUCAUGUGAAGAAAAAUGAUAAAGUAGCAAAAUAGACAUACAUACAUAUGUACUACUUGAGCACACACACGUGCAUACAUAUAUACACACACAUUUACACACGAACAAACUUUAGCACUUUGUAGUUGUAGUGAACGCCAAAAAACAGGAAAAAAUAGAGGUUUGAAACAAGCGCUUGGCGCAAAAUCAAUACAAGAAUAAAACCGUUAAAAAAAUUUUUUGAAAACAAUAUGAAAUUUGUUUUAGAAUAAUGUGUAAUAAUACCGAAAACCGUUAAAAUGUGACAAAAAAUUUAUUUUCAUUCUAUGUAAUUUUUUGUUGAGAAAAAACCAAAAAUUGUUUUGUUUUACUAAUAAAAUUAUUGCAGUGCAACAACACACACCAACAUACAUGUACGUGUGUUAUUGUUAUUGGAAAACAAAAAAUAACAAAAAAAAAACAACAAAUUUUUUUUCGAAAACCGUAUAAUAUCACAUUCAUAUCGCAAAAUAAAUUGCUGCUGCAGAAAAAAGUCAUAUCUUCAUGCGACAAAUAACUGCAUUUGCAGCAAUAAAAAUUAUACGACAACAACACUAAUAACAACAAAUGCAGGCAAAUCAUAAGCAAAAUGUGCAAAAUAUAAACAAAUAUACACAAAUACCAACAUAUGAUUGCAAAGCAACGGCAAUAACGGUAAAGAAAACGUAACAUAAUUACUUAGACACACAUACAGACAAACAAAUAUAUACACAUAUUUAUGAUAUUAAGCUAUUUACUAAUUUACUACACAUUUUUUCAAGCAAACCUGCAUACACACAUAUAUACACAUACAUACAUACAUACAAAAAUAAAAAAAUUAAAUGCAAAAACAAUAAGAAAAACAUUACAAGCAGAGCAAGAGACGGCAGAAACAUAGAAAAAGCAACACUGCAGCGUUGAUUCUUAAAUAUUUGAAAACCUAACAUAUCCGCUAAAAUAAAGAAAAAAUAAUAUAAACAAAAUGGAUGCGUGGCAAUAAAUAAAUAAAAUAAUGCAAGCAAAAAGCAAGAGGCGAACAGAAGCAAAUGAAGUUAAAACAAACAAAAAAAAAAAGCAAAAAACAAAAAUAAAAAACGUAGUUAAAGAAUAGUAAACAAAUUAUGAUAAAUGUUUAAGUAAAGCAACAUUAGUUGAAAUUGCAUACACACAUACACAUACAUACAUAAAUUUAUAAUUAUUAACUAAAACACUAAUUAUUUUACUUUCGUUGUAGUUGUUUCUUUCUAUUUGCGCCCUAUUCUCUAAAAGUAACUAUUUUCUAAUGUUCGUUCUUUAUUACUUAAAUGUAUGGUCUUUUUUUUUUUUGAAAUUGUUAUAUAUACUCUAUACAUAUCUACACACAGCACUUUCUUGCUUCCUUUCGUUUUAUGUUUGAUUUUAGCAGAAAAAAAAUUGUAGCUAAAUAUUGAGUCAAAAGUUUGCAGUUUUUGUAAAAUUUAUGAAAGCUCCACGGAAGCUGAGAUUUAAACUGAAAAAUUGAUAAACGAACAAAAAAACCACAAAAAUUUUUAUCGAUAUUUUUAAUGUCAAUAAUGCAACGCGCGCUACUUUACACUUUAGGUGAAAGGAAACGAAAUCGUGUGACUUUAAGAGCUUUCACACAAUCUUUGCGCUUUACUGCGUGAAAUAUCCAAACGAAUAACCAUACAAAUUAUUAUUUUAAUAUUUUGAAUCUCAAUGAUGUAUUGCUACUUCAUGAAACAGGAAUUUAUGCGUCUCAACGAGCUUUCACAUAUCACUUGAAACAGAAAAAUAAUUUUUUCUUUACUAUAAAUAAGUUUUUUAUCAAUUCGUAUGAGAUUACUGGCUACUAUUCAUUUAUAUUUAAUACAUGAAAGUGAUAAGCUUUCAUUUUUUACUUUCAACUAAUAAAGCGUUCAAUUUUAGCUUUAAUUAAAGCUUUCACUGCUUUUGUAAAAAAACAAGCACACAUAUAUAUAAAUAUAAUAAAAUAUACUUUAUUUCAUAAAAAUCGCAUGCUGUUUAUAGUAAAAAUUGAAUUUGCAAAAAAACUUGUAUUACUCAGCUUUCAUCAAAUGGUAGCUUUUUGACAAUUUCGUGCUAACAGUAGUUUUAAAACAGUUCAUAAUAAUAGAAAAAGCGACAAAGAGUUUCAUGUGGGAUUUGCGAUGAAAUUUGCUUAUUAAAGCUUUUAUCAUCUGCGAUAAAAUUCCAUGAUUAAAGCUUUCAUUUGAUGAAAGCGCCUUGACAAAAGAUAAAGCGUAGUUAUUGACGAAGCUUUGUAGAGAUAAUAAAUGAAACAAACAAAUUUACUAUGAUGCGAAAAGCGCUAAAAAAAAUGCGAAAAACAAUUUUCUUUUUGUAAAAGUUUUUUAGAAAAUCUCAUAUAAUUUAAUGGCGUGGAGCAUAGGUAUAGUAAAUAGCCGACGGUUGACUCAAUAUUUAGCAGAGCUUUUUGUUUAACUUUUUCUUUUUUUUUUUUGUAACUCGUUCUUUUAACUCUAAAAUUUCAUACACUACUUACUCGUUUAGCAAAGAAAUCUCAUUUGCCUAAUAAAUAAAUAGCAAAGCUAUGCUUUUAAAAUAUUUUAACAUACACAAACUCUAACUAAUAUUAACGGUUAAUUUUAAUUUUUAAUUGUUUUGACUUUGCAAUUUAUUUUUACUGUUUUCUUCUUCUUGUGUUUAACUUAAUUAACCAUUUAUUUUAUGCAUUACUUGCAAUAAUUUUUAUUUAUACAUGUUUCUCAAGUCAUAUUUGCGUAAAUUUUAAAUUAAAUUUAAAUAAAUUAAAAAAAAUUAAAAUAUUAUAUAUACACAGAUUAGCCAAUGCUUAGCAAGCUUCCAAAAUUUCAUAGAAAUAUAAUUUAUUAACAUUAUUAUUAUUAUUAUCAUAAUUAUAAUUAUACAUAAUAAUUAAGCAAUGUGGAAAAACACGAGUUGCAUAAGUAGAAGAUGAAAGCAAAAUGCUAAAUGCGAAAUGCGAAACGCGCCAAAUAAACGGCAAAGACACAAAAGACUUUUUUUUAAUAAUUUUACUUUAUAUACAAAUUAUUUUAAAACAAAUUUUAUUUCAUUUAUUGAGAAAGCGUGGUGGAAAACAAAAAAAUACAAAUUAUUUAAACGUUUAUAACGUUUUAGUUUUAGUCAAAAAGUGAGCAAAUUUUACAAUAUAAAUAAAUAUAAAUAUUUUUCAUUUUGGAAAAAUCAAAAUUUUAUUGGCAUAGAAAAUUAUUUGUAUUAGCAAUUAAUAAAAAAUAAAAAAUAAAAACAAAAAUAUAUAUAUAUAUACAUAAAUGCAUACAUGUAGUUGUAUGUAUGUUUAAACAAUACAAUAUUAUUCAUUUAUAUUUUCGCAUGCGUCGACUUUUUGUUGUUGGAAUUUUCGAGCAUAUAUAUAGUUUACAUACAAUACAUACACAUAUAAAAUUCAUAUUUAAUAAUAUCUAAAUAAUAAUAAAAAGCGAAAAAAUAUUCUCGUACUGCAAAGUAAAAAAAAACAGGCGUCUUUUUCUUUUAGUUUUAAUAAUUUGGUUAAAAUUAUUUCACUUAUUUUUUAGCAUUCAUAUAUUUGCUUAUUUGCGGAUGCGGGACGUGGACUUAAGUUGUAAAACAUAACAAAAAAAAAACAACAUAAAAUACUUAUAUUUUAUUCUUCUUAGUUCACAUAAAGCGAAGGUAGUAAAAUAGGGUCUCUAAAAGCAGACUUUACUGCACAGCUGAAUUAUAUGCUAAAAUGUGAGGUCUACAUAAAAACUUGCUACGAAUAUUGUACUUCAGUUAAUAAUUUAUUAAAAAUUCAUUUAAUUCUAACAAAAUAUCCAACAGCUGGUUGCCAUAUUGAUCUAAAAUGUUAUUUUCAGUGCAGUAAACUUUGAAUACGGCUGAGUCACUUGAGUUUAUGAAAUCGUUUAUGUAUAUAUGAACACAUAGUAAAAAUUUGAUAGCGCUAUGGAACUUGAGUUUAUGACGUCACAUACGUAGUACUCAUAACUGUCAACACUUUUGAGCAAAUGAAGUAAAAUUAUAAAUUUUUGACAGUUAAGAUUUUAAAUCAGCUUAAUUUUGUUUUUUUAGUUAGUUGAACUACAUUCGCCGUAAAAAGAACGACUCUAACCAAGUUUUAUAACUCUAUGACAGUCGAAAGAAACUACUGGGUGCACAAUGAACUUUAUUGGCGCUAGUCGAACGAUAUAUUUCUAGCAAUAAAAUUUCGCAUUCAAAAUCUACGUCAUUUCGACAGUUUCGGAAAUACAUUGCUGUAGUCAAAAAUAAAGAAAAAAGUUUUAAUUUCCAAGUAAGUAUAAUAAGCCCCCAGUGUCGUCCCGUUUAUCUUUUAAAGUAAUUUAUAUUUUUUAUUUAUUUAUUUAUUUUUUAUAUUAUUCUUCAAAAAUAUAUUUUCACAUUUUUAUAUACAAAUAUUAUUUGCAGAUCUACAUAUAUUUUUAUUUAAUUUGUUAUUUAUUUUUUUAAACAAAAAAAAAUAUCUAUUUGUUAACCCAACAUAUCUCUGAACAUAUUACAUACAAAAUAAAUUAUUAAGCAUAUUAAAUACAUACAUAUGAAUAUAUUGUGCAAUAAAUGCAUAUUUAAGUGAAACAUAUCGCAAAUACAUAUUAUGAAGGUGUUAUACAUACAUACAAACAUAAUUUACUCAAAACAUGCUAACCAGUUCAGAUUAUGGUUGAAAAUAGUACUAUAACCUAAAAUACCAUAUAACAAACAAAUAUCAAACAUAAAAAUUAUAAAAAAAAAACUAAAACACCAAAUGAAUUUUCAACGCCAAUACAGUGCGACAAACAUACAAAACAGGACAUUCAGGUUGCUCUCGAGCAAAAGUUGAUUACCAUAAACUAUAACUAAUACAUAAAAUACAUAGAAGCGUUGAAUAACGAAGGCAGGCGGAAAAUGCGAAGAAGAAUAUGUAUAAAAGAAGCGGUAGUUAUGACACUUAGAAACUAUGAAUUUCUAUAUUUAGUAUUAUUUAUUGAAAAACUCAUACUUAAUAAUUUUGAAAAAUAAACAGCGCCAACAGCUUUUACUAUAUAACAUAUACUCCGAAAGCGCGAAAAGUGCUUAUCUUUCUGCGAAACGCUGAAUAAUACUUAAUAUUUCUAUAUUCAAUAUUUUUUUUCAUAUUCAAUAUUAAAUAUUAUUUAUUGAAAAAUAAUAUACAAAAUUAAUUAUUUCGAAAAAUCAACAGAAUGAACAUAGCAAACUAAAUAUACACGUCGAAUGGAUGAAAAGUGAUUUUUUUCUUCAAAAAAUAAUAUUUUUACCAACAAUACAAAUUUAAAAGUUUAUUGCCAUAAAACAUAAUAUUACAUAAAAUUCAUAGAAAACGUUGAAUAAAAAAGACAGACGGCAAGUGCGAAGAAGAGUAUGCGUAAAACCAGGUGCAGUUAUGAUACUUCGAAACGUCAAAUUUCUAUAUUAAGUAGUGUUUAUGGACAAGAAAAUUUUACGGCGAAUGGAUGAAAUAUGAUUUUCUUGCUUCAAAAAACAAUAUUUUUGCGAAUAAACCAUAUUUAAACACAACCAAAUGAAUAUAGAACAAAAUAAUCAUUUGUGUAUGUAAAGAAGUGUUUUGAAUUUUUUAAAAACCUUUAUGGAAUUUUUGUGCAGAAAUACCUACAAGUAUAUAUGUACAUCCAUUGGCAGUAAUAAUUUUAAAAACUUAAAAAAUUUAUUUAACAAUUCAGCGCAUGAAAAAAUAAAAAAAAAGCGAGAUUUUUAUUUCAUUCAAACAUAGCUCGCGUUUUGAAUUGAGAAACAUAUUCAUGCAAUGGAUGAAUUCGUUUACACAAGUUUUGUAAGGACUUACCAUACAGUAAAGUUGCGGUGUAUAAAAACAUAGAAAAGCAUGACGAAAAAUUGUGCAACACUUCAUUCAUCCAUUGGAUGAUCUUUUUCUACUUUAAUAAGUAAUUUUUUUGCCAGCAUCCAAAUAAAAUACGAAAUAUUAAUUGUUUGAAAUCAUUAACUCUGCACACAACUUAUUGUAAACUAAUUUCUGGGCCAUUCAUUGAAUGGUUUAUUAGCAUAUAACAGUAGCUAUAGAAAUGCGUAGAAAAUAAAAAUUUACCACCAGUUUAUUUAUGAAUAACACUUCAUAGACCACAAUUAAAAGAAAGCGCAGUGCUAUUUGUCUUUUAAAUAAUUACGGUUAAACGUUGAAUGAUGAAUAUACGCGCGCAUGAACGCGAAUAGCAAUCGUUGUCGGCAUGAGACAUUGCUGCGCACAAAGCAAAAUAAGUGAAAAGUGUGUGUGUUUUCUUUUUACUGCAAAACCGAAAAGAAAAUUAAUAAACUGAUAAAAUGUAAACCAACAACAAUCACUUUAAGCAUUCAAACAAACAAAAAACAAAAUGAUGAAAUUUAUGAAAUAAAUAUGGACGAGAAAUUAUUGUACGCAAUAAGAAAAAAAAUAUUAAAUAUAUAAAGAAAAAUAUUAAAUAUAUAAAUAAAUAUUAAAUAUUUAAAUUAUAUUAAAUGAAGCAAAAACAAAAAUAAUAAUAAAACAAAAUAGUAAAUAAAUAUUAUUGGCAAAAAGGAAUUGAGCAUACAAAAGUAUUAUUAAAAAUAACAACAAAAAAAAUUAUAUAAAUAUAUGAAUGAAUUUGUAGCGAUAUUUUUUUUUCUAAAUGUAAAAGUAAAAGUAAAUGAAAUUAAAACAGUUUUUUAGCGCUUAAGCUUUACUAGUAUUUAGAUAUUACAAACGUAAUUGAUACAAAUUAAUAAGAGUAAUGAGUUCUGACAAUUAAAUGUGUGGCAAAAAAUAGGAUGGUAAAAAUUAAAUUUACAUGCAAUUUGUCUUAAUGAUGCGUAUGCGCUGGCGGAAGCCGAAGCACACAUAAAAAUAUACACACACCUUCACAAAAUACUUAAAAGUGAAAGUAGGUAUAACAUAGUUAAGAAAGAAUUUUGAAGCCGUAAAUGUACUUUUUAAUGUAUAGUAUAUGUGUGUAAAUGAAAUUUCAACAAUGUGUACAAGAAUUACACUGUAAGAAAUAACUCACCAGCAACACGAUACACAAUUUUGUAUUUAAUUUACAUAUAAUAUUUGAAAAAAAAAAUACGAUUCGUAAAAUUAUGCAGCGAUUUUUUUAGUGAAAGUUUUUACAAUCUUCAUUGAGAUUUCUCUUGUUUUUGCUUACGUAAGCGCAUACCUAACCUCACAUUUAUACAUAUUCCAGAUUUUAACUUAAAUCAUUUACAACAAUUUAAAAUUUUUUUUAGAAUUUUCACCAGCAGUUGCAAAUAUUUAGUCGGUAUGACUACAAUAACUCAAAAGAAUUGUAAGAGAGAGAAAAUUCAAGAGCGUAACAACCACUAAAUGCUCAUAGGAGGCUUAUCAGCUGUUAAAUUGCAAAUUUCUUGUCAUUUUUCCAGUCAAUAGCUUUUUUUGAAUUCCGCUCUUUUCUCACUCAUACUCUUUCUGUUAUUGCACUCUCUUUCUCUCUCUCUCGCUCUCGCUAUCUCUCUGUUUCUCGUCGUCUUUAGGCUUAGUUUUAAAUGACGCUGCCAACCGAUUUUUAUUUAAUCUAGAACUAUUUCCACUAAGAUUUUAAAUAUAUUUCUUUGCUCUUUGAAAUUCAGUGAAAUUCAAUUUCUAAUUACUCGAAGAGAAAUUUUCUGCGAUAACAUACUUCUUUAUAUUUACUUCAUUACUAUUCUUAAGAACUUUCAAAAACCAGAUGAUCGCCGUCAAAGUAAGGGAGCAAUAGAUAGAUAAAGGAAGAGAGAAUAGAAAAAAGAGAACAAAAAUUAAAAGUUGCGAAAACAGAUGUUUACUUUUAUGACAGCUAGAGAGAAAGAUAUAGAUGAUGAGAGAACAAGAGAAAAAGAGAGAGGACAAAGAGAGAGUGAGGACAAAUAGAGAAAGAGAGAGCGAUAAUUAAAUUUGUAAAAAGCAGAUGAUUACCAUUAUGACAGGCUGAGAGAGAGAGAUAAAUAUAAAGAGAAGGUAGCGAGAGGGGGGAUAGAUAAAGAAAGAGAUAAUGCUAAAACAGAUGGCUGCCUUUAUGACAGCAGGAAAGAAUAGAGAGGGAGAGAGGUAUAGAACGUGAGUUAUAGAUACUAUGAGAGGAUAGUGGGAAAGUGAGAGAGAGAGAGAAAGAGAAUUAGAUUUUGCAAUGUAAAAUAUUUGAAUACACUUGAGAAAAUAAUUUGAAAAACUAUCUACUGAUGUUAUUUAGUACUUUUGUUGAGAAAAAUAUAUCAGGUAUCAUUUCAAUGUACACAUUAGCUUACAUAUGAUUUUUGAAAAUAUGUUAGGGCGUACAAAUUAACUUCGACAUCCCACUAUUGCUUUCGUUGAUUUUUUUAAGCAAAAAUUUAUACAAACACUUCGAAAUUUGUUUUUAGUUUUAAAAACAAAUCAGCACAGAUUUUUCAUAUACACACUGGAAAAGAAUAAAUUUUCUGCACACUAAAUGAUGUAUGAAUACACCAUUACUAACUCUUCUAUGUGCCAAUUUUAAGACAAAGAAAAUAUAAUAGCCACAUAAUUUUUAGGUAUUUUUGCCAGCCAAUUUAAUUAAAAGAACUUACUAUUCAAUAUCAAAUACAUACAUACACAUAUACAUAAAUUCAUGAAGUAAAAAGCUUUAUCUACGCUGAACUGAAAUUAAGAACUUUUUAUGCUGAAUUCGAAAACAAGAUGCACAGUCAUACUUUUCAAGCAUUGAAUUUUCUAAAGGAAAUUAAAAUGUGGUAAUAAUCAAUAAAAAAAGUAUAUAUAUAAAUUGAUGUGACUUCGAUGUUAAAAUGGGUAUAAAAGCAUAACAAAAAAAAUUUAAAAAAAACUACCACAACAACAAACAAAACUUAUGAACUUAAAACACUUGAUUACAGGAAGAAAAUGUUUAAAUUUAUUACUGCUAAAUACUUACUGAAUAAAAACAUACACCAACACAUACACACAAACUAAUAAGUGUCAAAUCACCAAAAAAAAAAUAUUUAAGUGUAACUAGUAUUUUGCAAAUAUAGAAGUGCAGCAAAUGAUAAUACAAAUGGGUGCUAUUCGAGAUCCACAAAAGUAUUAUCAAAACUAUGUUAUUUGAACAAAUUUAAACAUGAAAAAAAAAAUUAAAUUUAAUAGUAGCAAAAGCGCCAAGCAACAGCUAUAAAUCAGUAGGAGACUACAGGAAAGCAUAUUGAAAAAAAAUUACACACAACUUUUUUUCGCAGUGUAAGAAGGGUUUUUAUGCGAACCAUUUAAAAUAAAUAAAAUAUCAAGUAAAUAGGAAUACACACCUACAUGCAUAUAUACACAAAUAUAUAUACACUUACUUGCGCAUAUAUGUAUAUAAAUUUAUUAUAUACCAUAUACUAACAUAUACAUAUACUAUGGCAGCAAAUAGUAGGUGAAGAAACAACAAAACCAACCAACCAACAAACAAAGGGGGCGAAACUAUUUCGUGAUUAAAAUGACAAAUAUUUCGCUUUCGACGACAAACCAACUUCAAAGCAAUCAUUUUUGAAGAAAUAAAAUUUAAAAAAAUAUUGUAUUGAAUCUUAAAAAAUAUAUUAUUACAAUUAUAUCACAAAUAUUUAGUGAAUUUUUUUAAGAAUGUAUUGUAAGCAAAGUUAAAGAAGAUAAAAUUAAAAUAAAUAAAUUUUGCAGCGAAAAUAAAAUCGCUUUAAACUAAAACUGAAAAGACACAAGCUUAAUUUGAAGUAACUGUAUUGAAACUGAAAAUACUGAAGUGCUUAAUGCCUAAAAUAAAGUGCUGAAUGAAAUUAAACUCUGAACAUGCGCCGAAAAGUGACGUUAGUGAAGACGCAAGAGACGAAUGUACAUUUGAGCAGCCAGAGGAGUGUGGCAUAUGCUGACAUAAAGCGCUGAAUUGCAACAGUAGUGGUCUAAGGAGCUGAAUUGAAGCGUUUAAUAAUAUAAAGUAUUUGUGCGAGUGCUGAGCUGUAUGAAACAUGUUGCGGAAGUAAACUUGGGUUGCUGUAUUGCAGACAGAGUUGCUGAAUGGCAGUCAAAAUGGAUGUAUGAGCUAAAAGUAGACGCCAAGUUGCAAUUUCAUAAAAGUAAAUUAAAAACCAAACAGUUUCAGGAAUUUCAACUAAGUUUAAGCUGCCUAGAAAGUUAUUAAGCGAAGUGGCUGACACAAAAAAACUUCUGAAAGCCGUUUUUAAUUUUUCUAAAACUGAAUAGGAAGUAUAAAACUUUCACUAAUAGUAUCUAUCAACUAUUUAUAUGCUGAGCAGGCUAAAUCGCUUAACUAACCAGCAAAGUAGAAUUUCACGCAAACUAGCUGCAUGCGUUGCUUACAUAAUAGCAGCAUUUUAUAUCAGCUGAAUUGGUGCAAAACAUGUUGAGAACCACUUUUAAAUAAAACAGUAAAUUGCGUACCAACUAAAUGCAUUUAAAAAACUUAAUAUCAUAUAUGAACUAGUUUGGCAUGUUGAUCAUGUUGAUUCAGCGGAAUAUGCAACUUAUAACUUGUAUGCAUACAUAUGCAAUUCCAAUAAAAUACCUAGAAUAUUAGAAAAAUUAUGAGCUGAAUUCAGCGCAAAAAUUCUAAACAUAAUUGCAACGUAAAGAUACAAGCAGAGUUUUGGUAUUUGGCUUUGGCUGAAUACAUAUUUUAGCAGCUGAAUGCAACUUUUGUCAGCAAAAGGCAUUCUGAAUGGAGCUUUCAUCAGCCAAAUAUACUCUGGCAUGUUUAUAGACACCCAAAAGCUAAAAGUUAAAGCUAUUAUUUGGGUAUAAUGAUUUGAAAAAUGCGCUGUAUAUGAAGUACAAGCUGAAUAUGACGAAUUUAAGCUUAUAUACAAUGGUGAUGUAGUUUGUGAUGCGCACAACAAUCAGUGGCAUGUUAAAGUGUGAUGUUUUUAAAUGCAUAAAUGUUAUGUGCCACAGUUGGGGAUUAGUAAUGACUGAAGCAGCACCAAUUAACAACUAAAUACAUAGAAAAAAUACAUUGAAUAUAGAAUGACAAACUGAUAUAGAAAAGCAGCCGAAUGCAGAAAAAAUUCUAAUGGAUUUGUUGCACUAAUAAUAAAGACAACAACAAUACUACCAAAAUAUAACAACAAAAGACAAGAAACAUGCGAAACGGUAACUGCAACAUAAAAAGGGAUAAACACUAAUAAAAUUGCAAUAAAAAAUAACGGAGACAUAUACAUAUGUAGUAUAUAUACUUGUAUAUAAACGUUUAACUGAGUGGUUAGUUAAUUUAGCACAAAUUAAAGCGAUAACAACAAUUAGCAAAAUAAGUUGAGGGGUAGGUAGAAACCGAAACCGAAAAAUGCGAGAAUUUUAACGACAGUCGGAGCUACAAGUGUUAGCCUGAUUUGAGAUAAUUUAAAGUGCUUGAUUUAAAAUAGAAUUUUUUUGUUAAUAAUUUUUUUUUUUUGUUUUUUGUAAUUUAGCGAUUUUUACUGUUUUAUAUUAACUAAUAGUGUUCGAGGAUCAAGUGGAAGCAGUUGAUGAAAGGAUAACGUUGACAAUGACAAUGACUAUGUUUAUGAUAAUGACUUUUGACUAUUGAUAAAUUGAUAAUAAUGUUGAGGGGGAAUGAAGUUGUUGCUAGCUAACGUGUUUACGUUGUUUUAUUAUGAUACUGUUGGGAAUAUUGUACAUUCACCAAAAUAUAAUGGAAAAUACGUGUAAAGAAAGCAAUUGUAAUGGUGCCUUAAUUACAAAGUGUUUAAUUUCCUAAAUUUAAAUAUGUAAAAAUAAAUCAAUAAUGAUGAUUAUGUAAUAAUGUAUAAACAAUUGAUUCCAAUAGUCGAAAUAUGAAAGGCUUCUUCUACUUACUGUAAAUUUCCCUAAUGAACAUACAAACAUAUGUAUGUGUAUAAAUGCAUAAAUAUUAAAGAAAAAAUGUAUUUAAAUGCUUCGCCAAAAAUAAACCAAAGCCCAACAACUACGCCAAAAAUGGGUGAAAAAUAAAAAAAAAAAUUUCGCUGAUUAACUGUGAGACCUAAAACAAAGUGUCCAAGUGACACAAAAUUUGAAGAAAGAAAACAACUCAAAGGUCAGCAAUCAGUCUUUCCACAACUGUAUAACUUAAAAUUGUUUCCAAAAGAAAAUGCGUAACUCUGCAAAUUUCCGCUUUGUGUGCCCCCUUAUGCGCCACCACCAAUGUUGUUAUCCCUUAAGAAAAAAGAAACGUAAGCAAACCAAACAGUACUACAAAUUACGGUCCGUAUAUCAACCAAUGUCGAACCAAGGACAAAUGAAAGUAAAACCCCGAAAAAAAAGUAUAUAUAACCGUACAGCAACUAAAGCACACACACAUACUAAAUGUAUGGCCCAGCCAAGUUACCAAUCAAGAAAACCGAAUACCAAUAAAUCAGCUGGCAUAAUGAUAUGAAAAUAACGGAUAUCCAAUGAUAUUUACAACACAGCAAAGACAACAUAUCCAAUCCGAUCAACAAAAUACAUAUGUGCAGUAAAUAAUUUAAAAAAUAUAUGUAUGCAUAUAACUAUUCAGAUAUAAAACCACACGCGUUUACCCUAACGAUUGGAAAAACAACGCAGGCAGCGCUGUCGACGAGUUGAAGGUUAACGAGGCGUAGGUAAAAGCGCAAGUAGGAAACUAGAUAUAGAGGCUUAUUCGCACCACAAAGAUAACGAGGUUCACACUUUUAGACUGCACCUGCUAGUGAGAUAUCUUGAAAUCAGCAAUGUAUGACUGCUGAUUGUUUUAACACUUAGAAUCUUGAAAGCAUAGGCUGAUCUUGCUUUAGACUCAAAUUAUAUGUGUUUUCCCCUAUCGCAAUCACCACUUAAAGAAUUCUUACUUCAAAAACAUAACAUAAAAAGUUUCUUGAUGUGUUGCUGAGAAAAGAUGUUCCUAUUGCGAAAUCCAACAACCCAUUUUAAUGGUCUGACAUUUCAAACUUUUUUUCGUGAAGCGCAGUUAACCAUUCUUAAUAUUUGAAUAUUAAUUUAUAUCGAGCUCUUCGUUUUAUCGAUAUUCUUUUAAUGGCUUGAGAGUCAGCAAUCCAUAAUAAAAUGAGUCUAAAAAAGCGAUGGGAGUUUUUUGAAUGGAAAACGACACUCGACUGUCUCUGUUUUAUAUUCUCUAUGAGUACUCUCUUUCGAUGAACAUUCUUUAUUGGUGAAUACGCUAUAUUAGUGAGCCUCUAUAUUAGUGAGGCUGUCAUAAAAAUUAGCAGCUGUUUAGAGAAUAUAUUAGUGAGCCUCUAUAUUGGUGAGCAUAUUCUGUGAGUGAGCUUCUGUAUUGGUGAGUCUGUCAUAAAAAUUAUCCAUUGUUUUGUGGAUAUAUUAUAUAAUAUUGAUAACUUCUGAAUUUUAGUUUAUUUUACCGAAUAUUUAAACGAAUUUAUCCAUGCUUGAGUUCAUCAAAAGGCAUUUACCACUCUUACAAGCUUUUACCUACAUUUUUAUAGAUAUAACGGUAUAUCGUUGUCGCUCGUCUGACAGCCGUCGCUCUCUAUUUACACUGACCAAGAACCACUGUAGUUAAAUGCAAGUCAAAAUAUUUACACAAAACAAAAUAAACAGUUAUAUGUACAUAUACAAGUAUAAGUAAAUAUUAAGCGAUAAUUGAAAUCGACAAAAAAUUAAGCAAAUAUACAUACAUAUAUACAAAUUAAAUUUAAUAAAUUCACGUGAUUGUAGUAUAGAUUUUUUUAGUUAUUGUAGUCAUGCAUUCAAAAGUCUGUAGUUGUACUUAAAAAUUUUAAGAAAAUCAUCAAAAACACAACAACAACGGAUUUUUUUGAUAAAAAAAAAUCGCAUAAAAUGUAUUAAAUUAUUGCAACCAAUAAUUAGCUUGAAAUAAAUUUUUUUCGCAAAAACAAAAAGCACAUGGUGACUUGCAACAAAUUUUUGAAUGUUUUUUCGCGUCAAAUGAUUUUUAAGUAUCUCAAUGUAUAGAAAACCACACAAUAUUCAAUAAAAAUUGAAAUUGCAAAAAAAAAAAUCCAAAUAUUGUAUGUUUACUUAUUAUACAUAUGUACAUAUGUGUGCGUGUAUAUGUCAGAUACGAUUUGAAUUUCACACACAUAUUUACUUACAUAUCCCUCACACGCCCCCAAACCCGCCACACCCACGACUUUUAUGUGUAUUUGUACAAAGCAAUUUACAGAUUACAGAAACAUUAGUAUUUAUAAAUAAUAAUUGCAUUACAAGCAAAUAAAUGAUUAGCGCAUAAGGUGUAAGCAUAGUCUUAGGUACAACACAUGAUUGACAAUUUAUUAAGCAACAAGAAAAAAAAUACUGUUAAAGUUUAUUUACAUAAAGAAUGCAUAAUAUGUAGGAAAACUAAAAAUGAAAAAUGAGAUAAAAAAAAUAUUAAAAUUUAAAGUGAAAUAUAUAUACAUAGUAUACAUAAGCCAGUGAAUAAAAAAUUGUAUCUACAAUCUAAGGUAUUUUAGAUAUUCUUAUUUAAUAUCCGCAAAAAAAAACAUGAACAUUUAAUAGGUUAAAAAUGAAAUGAAAGAAUUUAAAACACACAAAAUAAAAGUGGAAAACUGAAAAACAGAUAUGAACUGUGAAAUAAAGUUGGACAACUGAAAAUACACGAAUACAUGCAUAAGAACAUUGAAGAAAAGAAAAUGUUGAAUGCUUUAAAGGUCAACGCAGUGAGAGUAGUUAGCAUUAAUGGCUACAGUUGAGAGUAAAAUAUAAGCUGCUGGGGUUUCAACGAGGAAGUCAGCGCAAUAGUUUAUGCUGUCAAACUAUUAAGCGCUUCAAAUAUGCAAUAUUUUAUACUUUCCAGCUAUUCAGCGCGUCAAAUAUACAAUAUUUUAUACUUACAAGUUAUUCAGCGCUGCAACUUUAAUAUUUUCACUUAUGUGAUUUAUAUUUUAAAUUGAACGACAAUCUACUUUCUUUCUAUCACGACCUCGUCAAAAUAAGGAAGCUAUGAAAAGUGAGAUUUAAAUCAAUAUUCAGCAUUUCCAAUAUGCCAGAAAAGUCACUAAAGAUUAUUUAAAAACACACAAAUAAAAAUUAAAGUAAAAUUUCAAAAAUUUACAGCUCAAAAUGUACUCCAAAUGAAAUUCAGGGCCCAUAUUGAAACAUAAACAAGUUAUUUUACGGUCGUUCUAUUAAACUUUACUCUUAUGCAAUCCAUUAUAAGUGGUUAUGGGCUAUUCAGCUUGCUUGAAACCUCAUUCAGCGCUUAAGUAUAUAUUACGCAAUAAAAUAUGUUUAUCAUUUAGUUAAAAUACAACUAAAUCAGAAUAUUUAGCGCAAUCUGAACUGUAUUCAGCGCACAUAAAUGCACUUUCCCAAGCAAAAUAUUGUAUUACAAUGUUCAUAGUACAGUUAUUGUAUCUAGAAUUGGUAUUCAAGCCAAAUUAAUAUGCUUUAUAUAAAAAUGUCCGUAAUUUUGUGAGUGAAUAUAACUAAGCUUACUCUAUGUUUAAUUCAGCGCGCUGAGUCUCCGCUGAAUGCCUUAAAUUAUAUUAAUUGUUAAUCAAAGAAAUUUGUAGCUUAAAACGUCAGCGCUUACUUCAUUGAAGCCCCAACUGACAGCAAACAAAAUGAAGGCGAAUUGCCUUCGACAAGAACAAGAACUGCAAACAAAUAAAUACAUACAUACAAUAUAUAUCGUAAACACAAAUAACAACAAAAAUACGACUUUCGAAAUAGAUAUGGUUUCUUAAUGAUGAAAAACAAAAACAAAACAUAAAUAUAUGCAUACAUACACACUUACAAGUAAAUAUACAUAUACUUAAAAAUAAAAUAAUUAAAACAUUGCAACAAAAACCACAAAAAUUUAUAUUAAAAACAUAUAAAUAUGUACGAGUAAAAUGAGAGAUUUUCAAAAUGAAUGAGAAAAAGAAAAAACAUUGUUCAAUAUUUAAGGCAAAUAAAAUUAAGCAAUACGGUUGCAAAAUAAUUGAAAAUCUAAGAAUAGUAAGAAAAAUAUAGAAUACAUAUUUUAAAAUAAAACAUAUUUACAAGAAAUGGAAAUGGAAAAUGGUUAAGACAAUAUUGUUUGUAAAUAUUAUAUUAAAAAUUGCAAAUUAAAUAAUAUUAAUUAUUAGUAUAAAACAAAAAAAAAACAUAAAAGCGCUAAAGCAGAGCGAAAGCGAAAUCAAGUGUGCAGUUUCAGCUGUUUGUUAAGAUAUUCAGAAAGCAAACGCUAUCUCAUAUACGAGUUUAAUGUUUGCUUAUGUUAGUUCAAUUAUUUUUAAUAAAAAAUUUUAGUAAAAAUAUUGCCACAGAAAUUGUGCGUUAAUUUUUUUAGACUUUUGCUUCACAAAAAAAAAUUAUAAUUAUAUAAAAGUUUUUUGUGCAAUUAGUUAACUAUUUAAAAAUUUAUUUUCUAUUUGUUCUAUAAAUUACGAAAAAGGAAAGAAGAUUGAAGCUACUUGACGACUUAAUAAACUUUGAAAAAUUUUCAUUAAAUUAAAAGGUUCUUGUAUUGUGGUUGAUCAAGCAGGUUGAUUUCUUAAAAUUUUUCCGUUGAAUUCGAUUGUUAGAGUGAAAUAUCUCCGGUAAUUAUUACUAACACGUCCCCUCCAUAGUGUGCAGUCGACUUUCAUUUAGUGUAAUAUAGAGAAAUCUGAUACAGAUACACAAAUAAUUUCUAAAUUUAAGAAUUCAAAAUACAGAGAUCAGGGGGAGAUGAGGAAGCUUUUCAAACAAGUCCAUUUAAAAGCUUUUAAAAAGCGUCCUGAGGAAAAGAAACAAGCUCAUUUAAAAGCUUUUAAAAAGCGUCCUAAGGAAAGGAAACAAGCUCAUUUAAAAGCUUUUAAAAAGCGUCCUAAGGAACUUUUUUAGAAUUUCUUAUAAAAAAUUUUAAAAAUGUUGCAGUUUUGCGACCUUUUCAGUGUACUGGAGUGAAUUGAAUACUUGUACUACCACCAUGCAACUCCUGAGUUCGAUACGGAAUUAGAGCAACUUAGAGCAAAAAACAACAUUAAAUUUUUCUGUCGAAUAAGGUUUGCCCUUCGGCAGACUUCCGAUAUAUAUUUGCACUAAAACGGCUUCUUAAACAUUCCUUGACCGAUACGGGUCGGCAUACCAUAAGAAAAUACUUGCAUUUGUCUGAAAACAAAUGACAAAUCGCUAGAGAGAGCGUUGAGCACUAAACGUUAACUUUUUUUUUUGUUUGUUUUUGAAUUUUCAUAACUUUUAAAAAAACAAAAAAAACUGUGCCAAAACAGAAAUAAUUUCAGAAAAUAUUUGAAAUUUUGAGAAAACAAGUUUAUGAACGUUUAAAAUUUAUUAAAAUAAAAAAUAGGUGGCAAUAUUUUAUGCAAUAAUAGUUUCUGAGGAAAAGUGCUUUACAAAAAAUAAGAGUGAACAAAACGAAAUUGCUGCAGCUGCAUGUUGUAAUGAAAGUAGUGAAAGUGAUUUUAGCGCAAAGGGUAAUGAUUUGAUUGGCUUUAAUUUAUCACUGAAAUUAUAUGUAAAAGAAAAAAAAAACUUAAAAAUCUAAAUGGUUUGUAGGCACCAUUUUAAAAAUCUUAUAUAUAUAUACAUAGCAAUAAAAGUUAAAUACAGUAUACAAGUCUAUACAACUUGGUGAAAAUGAUGAACAAAAAAACACAUACACAAACAAAUUUAAUGCUGUAAUGUGUAGAGGGUAUAAAAACGUAAGCAAAUUUGAAAAUUUAGUUGAAAAAUGUAGUGAGCGUCAUAUAGUCAUAAAUUAGACAAAAAAAAAAGAAGAAAUUGCAACAAAUAUGAAUAACAAAAAACAAAAAAAUAAUGUAACACUUUGGUAACAACAACAAAACAAAGGAAUUUCACGAAUUUCACUUAACAGCAAUUUAGAUAAAUGAAAGAAGUAAGAAAACGCGAAAAGAAGUAAAAAAAAAAUAUUAAUAAAAAA